UUUGACCCUGCUAGCAACAACGAACCCUUGCAGUUUGGUUGUGCCAGUGGCCCUCUGGUCACAGAAGGCCUCAUUGAAAAUGGAGGGGAAUCAAGCAAGAAAAGAAAGAGAACAAAUGCUCCUUCAGCUGAUAGUAAUAGAACCCUGAAUGUGGACUCUACUGCAAUGACUCUACCUAUGUCUGACCCAAAUGCAUGGGCCACAGCCAUGAAUAAUCUUGGAAUGGCACCCAUGGGGAUCGCUGGACAGCCAAUUUUACCUGACUUUGAUCCUGCUCUUGGAAUGAUGACUGGAAUUCCACCCAUAACUCCAAUGAUGCCUGGUUUGGGAAUAGUACCUCCACCAAUUCCGCCAGAUAUGCCGGUAGCAAAGGAGAUCAUACACUGUAAAAGCUGCACGCUCUUUCCUCCGAAUCCAAAUCUUCCACCUCCUGCAACCCGAGAAAGACCGCCAGGAUGCAAAACUGUGUUUGUGGGCGGCUUGCCUGAAAAUGGGACCGAGCAGAUCAUCAUGGAAGUAUUCGAACAGUGUGGCGAGAUCAUUGCUAUUCGGAAGAGCAAAAAGAACUUUUGCCACAUUCGCUUCGCUGAGGAGUAUAUGGUGGACAAAGCCCUUUAUCUGUCUGGUUACCGCAUUCGCCUGGGCUCCAGCACCGACAAAAAGGACACCGGCCGACUCCACGUUGACUUUGCUCAGGCUCGAGAUGACCUGUAUGAGUGGGAGUGCAAGCAGCGCAUGCUAGCAAGAGAGGAGCGCCACCGCAGGAGGAUGGAAGAAGAAAGAUUGCGCCCACCAUCCCCACCUCCAGUGGUCCACUAUUCAGAUCACGAAUGCAGCAUUGUUGCUGAAAAACUUAAAGAUGAUUCCAAAUUCUCCGAAGCCGUGCAGACCUUGCUCACCUGGAUCGAGCGAGGAGAGGUGAACCGCCGCAGUGCUAAUAACUUCUACUCCAUGAUCCAGUCUGCCAACAGCCAUGUCCGCCGUCUGGUGAAUGAGAAAGCUACCCAUGAAAAAGACAUGGAAGAAGCAAAGGAGAAGUUCAAACAAGCCCUUUCUGGAAUUCUUGUUCAGUUUGAGCAGAUCGUGGCUGUGUACCAUUCUGCCUCCAAACAAAAGGCCUGGGACCACUUCACAAAAGCCCAGCGUAAAAACAUAAGCGUUUGGUGCAAACAAGCUGAGGAAAUUCGCAACAUUCACAAUGAUGAACUAAUGGGAAUCAGACGAGAAGAAGAAAUGGAAAUGUCUGAUGAUGAAAUAGAAGAAACAACAGAAACAAAAGAAACUGAGGAAUCAGGUUUAGUGUCACAGGCGGAAGCUCUGAAGGAAGAAAAUGACAGCCUCCGCUGGCAGCUUGAUGCCUAUCGGAAUGAGGUCGAGCUGCUCAAGCAAGAACAGGGCAAAGCCCACAGGGAAGAGGACCCAAACAAGGAACAACAGCUGAAACUCUUGCAGCAAGCCCUGCAAGGGAUGCAACAGCAUUUACUCAAAAUCCAAGAUGAAUACAAAAAGAAAGAAGCAGAACUUGAAAAAAUCAAAGAUGACAAGUUGCAGGUGGAAAAAAUGUUGGAGGAUCUCAAAGAAAAGGAAAGCUGCACUUCUAGACUGUGCACAUCGAGCCAGGAGAGUGACCAUCCUCUGGAGAAGACGCUGAACGGCAGUCCUGUCAAGUCAGAACGGGAAGCGCUGCUUGUGGGGAUUAUCUCCACAUUCCUCCAUGUUCAUCCAUUUGGAGCAAGCAUCGAAUACAUCUGUUCCUACUUGCACCGUCUUGAUAAUAAGAUCUGCACCACUGAUGUGGAAGGUCUCAUGAGUCGACUCCAGCACACCUUCAAGCAAGAAAUGACUGGAGUUGGAGCCAGCCUGGAGAAGAGGUGGAAGUUCUGUGGCUUCGAGGGCUUGAAGCUGACCUGA